AUGGCCUCCGAUGAAUGCAUAUCAGUGACAACCUCUUCUGGCACCACAUUUCCCUUCCUUAUUCUUGCAGCCUUUUGUGUUACUUUUUCUCAAAGCAUACCAAUUGAAGGGGACCACUAUGAACAUGCAGCAAUAUUGGAUGCAGCACCUAUUGCAGCUCAUGUAGAACAACCAGCAUAUCCCAAAUACGCCUUUCACUAUGGUGUUAAAGAUCACCAAACGGGAGAUAUCAAGUCGCAGGCUGAAGAACGUGAUGGUGAUGUAGUUAGAGGUCAAUACUCUCUGGUGGAACCUGAUGGGUCAGUACGUACUGUGAACUAUCACGCGGACGAUAUACACGGAUUCAAUGCUGUUGUUCAUAAGUCGGAUCCUGCUGGUCACUCAGGUGACGCGGCUCCUUUAUAUAACCAUGCUUUACUGGAUCAUUACUGA